CCAGGCUGAGAACGAGGCACCGGCUCUCCCGCAGCUGAUUGGAAGCGUUGGGUGAAUGAGUGCGCGUGGGGCCGGAGCAGUGAGGCGGCUGUGGCUCGGCGCUGCUGUGCGAGCCGGCCUGCCGGCCGGGGACCCCUGAGCUCACAAGGUGCUGAAGAAGUGAGCCCUCUGUCCACCCAGGCGGCUGAGCCAGGUGGGGCCAUGGCAGGCCGCUGCUGCCUGGAUCUGGGGCUGUUCUGCUGGGUCCUGCUUGCUGUACCUGUGGGUCCGCAGCCUGCUUCCUCUGUACCAGGUCCCCCUCUUACUACUCUGACCCCACCACCUCAGAGUGAGGCCUCUAUGCUAUCUCUCAACCUGGGACUAAACUUCAAAUUCCAUCUCCGGGGACCUGCUGCUGUCUGGGGAAGCCCUGUUACCGAGACCCAUCCUCUCUCUCCUGGACUAGGCCAGGAGUCUGAGGAAGAGGAGGAAGGCGAUCUGAGGACUGAUCCCCUUUGGGAACUGCUGGUGGGGUCCCCUGGGAACUACCUCCCAGAAUGGGGCUCUGCGGAAGGCAGCUUUACACCCUGGACUUCCUCCUUGCCUCCUGAGUCCACAUCCCCCCUCUCAGGGCCCGCCAAGCGGCCCACUGUUCCCUUUCAACCUAGGAUGGGCACUGUGACCUGGGCCACUGCUCUGACAGGGACAGCGCCUCCAACCAGUGCUCCCAGGCCUCAUCAGAGUGAGCUUGAGGUAAAGUUUGAUGUAGCUUUGAGAGCAGGUGCUGCCCCCACUCUUGGUCAUCGGUCACUACCCCUGCUGCCCAGCCUGCGGGCCAGCCUGGCAGAGAUUGCUGGGCGCCUGGGACCUUUCGGGUUCUUUGGUACUACUGUGUCCCCACUCCGGAACUCCUCAAGCCAGAGUUACCCGGGCACAACGACACAUCCAAGUUUUGCUUCUGAAGUGUCAGAUUCUCCUGGGCUCUUUGGUACCACUGGGUCAUUUUCCCCACCUCUCCUGGAAAGGGAGUUGUCAAGCCCAAGCCUGUUGGAUUCAGUGGCUUCCGCGAGCUCUGCCCCAAUCGAGACAACACCAGUGCUACAUGACCCCACCAUCUCCACUUCUGGUCCAGACGAACUCUCUCCUGCCAGCUUCAGGAAUCCUUCAGCACAGCCUGGAUGUGAGCCAGGCUCUUGUAGUGAGCCAGCGUUGCCCGACGACUUGGGGCAGCCGCCUGCCUCCCCGCUGCCUCUCUUCUUCCUGACCCUGGAGGCCGACUGGGCAGAGGCUAGGGCUCGCUGGGGCCUAGCCUGGGAGGCCCAUGUAUAUGGAGCAGGAGCACUCUUCGGCCUGGUGGCUCUGCUGGCUCUGUUGGCUUUGGCCCUCUUGCCCUGGCGAUGUCCGCCCGGCGCCCCCUGCCUGGCGUUGCUGGAUCUGCUGCUGCUCUCGGCGGGGACCACUCGGGCCUUCCCGCUCUUCUACGACGCCUACGGGCAUCGCGAUCGGCUGCCGACCCUCGCUUGGCUGCUGCUGCAGGACCUUCCGCUGCCCUGCCUAGCCGCAGGUCUGGGGCUGGCUUGCUUGUUGCUGGCCCGACCGCGCACUCCGAGGUGCCCCGCCGGCUUGGCGGCGCUGCUGCUGCUGGGGCUGGCGCUGGCGGCGGCGGCCGCCCUGGGGAGCGCGGUGCACCGCCCGCUGCGGCCGCUGCGGCUCGCCUCCCGCGGGCUGCAUGCCUUCCUCGCUGCCUUCCUGUCGGGGCUCCUGCUGGCGCUCUCUUGUUGGGGCGGCCGGCGGCGGAGGGCCGGAGCACCCUUGGGAGGGUCUGGCUUUAAGGGUGCUACUCCUGUCCCGCAAGUGCGCAGCCCCUUCGCCCCGCGGGAAUCCUGGAGGCGAGCGGCGCGCACAGCCCCGGUGGCCGGGACCUUUGGGUUGCUGAGCGGAGCCCUGCAGGGCUACGAGGUGCUUCACGCUCUGGGCUACGGCGGCCAAGCAGGCUUGGAGGGGCCCUGGCCCUGGUGGGCUUUCCAGCUAGGUCUGCGUCUGGGCGAGGUGGGAGUCGCGCUCCCGUUAGCGCUGCUUGGCCUCUACCCCGCGCUCUGCAGCCCUCGUGUGCCGCGGCGCUGCUGGGCCAAGCUCUUCCGAUUGUCUCCGGGACACGCUGCCCCGCUGCUGCCAGGAGGCUGGGUCCCCGGGAUCCGGGACAAGGAGCCCCUGGGUAGCGCGAUCGCUCGUGGGGACGCGGAGCUGCUGCAGCUAUGCGCCCUAGCAGGCCCAGGUCCUGAUCUCCUUCUCCAAGGUGGAGGCGGCUGCCGGGGAUUCGAAGGUGCCGGGGCCAACCUAACACAGUCACCAGCCUCCUCCCCUAGCAGCGAUUGCACGGUGGACUUCCGCCCGCCCUCACCCAUCAACCUGCGGCGCAGCAUCGAGGAAGCCCUCUGCAGCGAGGCGCUGCUGGCUCCUGGUCUCUUUCAGGGCCCUGCCUUUGGGGAAGCCCUGCCUGGGCUCGAUCUCUACCGCACCAUCUCACUGGGGAACAAGAAAGGGGCAGGACCCAGUGAGAAGGCCGAGAAGGUCCCUGGAUCCCCAGCACCUCCUGAGCUCCCUUCUCCCGGGGCCUGGCCUGCCGGCAGCAGCGCCUCAUCUGGCUCUCUGUGUGGACUCUCACGGGACAGCUCGUCCAUGCUUCUGUGUUCCAGCCCCGACAAGCCCCCGCGCUGUCCGUUAGUCUGCGUCCUCAGUCCCCCGCGGCCCUCAGGAAGCAGCCCCAGCCUCCCAGCCUCAGGAUCCUACCAGGCCCUAUCCCCACCCUCCCGCGACUCCCCGGAACACGCUUCUGAACUGCAGGCUGAGGAGGCAUUGCUGCAAGAGCAAUUCCUGGAUGCCUGCCGACAGAUUGAUGAGCUGAGCAUGGGCAGCGACACCAUAGACCUGUGAAGAGGCGGCUAUCUCACAGCCAAGCCGUUUGCCCCCCAUCCCUUUUCUGGCAUCUGAUCUGCUCAAGACCUCCUCACUGUAAUAAUUCCCCAAUUCCGCCUGGUUCAGAUACCUCUCUCUGAUUCUUCCCCAUCCAGGGGCCCCUGGGUGGGUGAGUCAGCAACCAGGCUCUAUGGAUUGGGAGUCAGUUCCAACUUCUCUGGAGCCGUGGGAUGCUGAUGCCUCCAGCUGCAAUUUUAGGCUGGCAGGGUCCUACUUUCCUUGGCCGUCACCAGCAAUAAAGCUCCAAGGUGCUCCACUCCUGACCACCAUGCCCCCUACCUUGGUGCUGAGUGAGACAGCUGUCCUCAAAGACCUAGUGCCCUGUCUGGGCUCCGUACCCACCUCUGCCAGCUCCUUCACGGAACCGUUCCCUAACGAUGGAUCUGUGGCCCAAGAGACCUUACAGCAAUCGGGUUGGGAAACGAGCGUUUUCAGAGUCAAUGUAUCAAUAAAAUAUUUUCAGAGGA